AUGAACCAUACCCAUCGGCCCGUCUCCGUCUCACGCCAGUUGGACAAGGCGGCAAAGGCGCUGCCGGUCACUUCGCGCAGGACCGAGGACGAGCUGCGGCGGGCUUUUUUUGCGGAGGUGGGGGCCGUGCUUGCCGCCUUGGGCGCCGCUCCCGCCCUCAGGGCGCCGAAGAAGCUACAGGGAGACGCCGGCGUGUGCUUCAGGGCUGUUGGAUUUUUGGCGGCAAGAGUCAGCAGCCAUCAGCGAAGGCGAAAAAGUGCUCCGGAGGCGGCGCCGGCGCCCGCACCUGCAUCGACAGGCCCCACGCCGAGCAUCAACACUUCCGGCAACACCCUCGGCGUCGGCAGCAGCGGCGGCCGUGACACGAAUAGCGUCAGCAACAACAACGGCGAGGGCAUCCCCAACACCAACGACACCGGCAGCCACGGCGGCAGCAAUCACAAAAACAGCGAGAGCACCACCGAUACCGGCGGCGGCGUCGAUCGUUCUGCCGGGAGGUUCGACGGAGGAGCCUCCUCCUCCUCCCUGUCGCUGACGACCUCCGGCGGUGGCGGGCCCUCCCCGACCCCCCUCCGCACGGCAGGGCUGAGGACGGCGCACACGCCCCGCCCGUCCCGUCGUAAACGUAGCCUGCCCGCCGGCGCCCGCGGCGCCGGCAAUGCCGCCUGCGAAAGAGCGCCUCCGUUCGCAGUCGCGGGUGUGGCAUCAGCGGCGGCGGCACCGACCGAGGAAGUUUAUUCGCUGUCUGGAAACCCGAAAGGUCCCGGCGGCGGCGGCGGCGGCGGCGGCGGCGGGACCGGGGCUGGUUUUUAUCCCGGGGCGGCGGCGGGAGGGGUCUUCGGAGAUGCGGCGCUGCCCGCUUGGCGGCAGGUCCUCGACCACGUGAAGGAUCUCUCGAGGCGGUUACGAUGGGCGGAGAGGGCAGCGCAGAAGGCGGCGGACGGAAGGAUCCACGUGGGCCAGAGUACCGGAAUGUUCCUCAGUAGUCCCCACCUCGCGCGCGGCGGCGGUGGCGGCCAGCGGCGGCCGCGAGAUAUCCGCCUCCGUGCCCUCGAUCCAGAUCACUUCACGUGUCCCCCGCCGGCGCACGGAGAGUCGCACCACCGGCGAGCGGGGGCAUCCCCGGCCGAAGGACACGCCUCCGUGCUACUAGCGGAUGACGGAGGAGGAGGAGGAGGAGGAAGGGAAUGGGGCGGGGCUUCUCCGUAUUCUUCGGCAGCGUUGUCACUGUCUGGUCCUUCCCGCACUCCUCCGGGCGGGGCUAGCGGCGGCGGCGGGGUUUGUAGCCGGGCGGGCGCGCGUGCCGCCGGGGGAGGAGGCGCUGUGGCGGCCAGGGCCGCGGAAGGCGCGGCGGCAGCAGCGGCGGAGGCGGCAGCAACGGCAGCAUCGGUGGCGUCCGAUGAGGGGAGCGCGGUACCCGAGGUUCGCGGGAUGUAUCACUUGGAUGCGCCGUCUCUGCAGCAUUUCGAAGAGGCGGCGGCGGCGGCGACCCGCGCGCUGGAGGCUCUCUUGGUCGGCGUAACCGGGGGUGACGGUGGUGAUGGCGGCGGCGGUGGUGGCCGCGCGCCAGCGGCGUGCGCCUCGGCGGGUAGGCUGCCGCUUCCCGCGACCGUGGGAGUUGGGUCGCUGCUGCUACCGGUUGCGAGGGGAGGUUACUCAGGGGGGGAGGGGGGAAUGGUGAAGGCUAUCGCGGAAGUGCGGGAUACGUUUCGGGGUCUCGUGGUUGCCGCUGCGGCGCUGGGAGUGGCGGUGCCGUGCUCCCCGGAGGGUGCAGGCGCCGCGUCCGACACCUCCAGCGCCCCCUGCCUGCGCCUCCUCCGAGGCGUCAAGGCCGCGGGGGGCACCGAAGGCGCUCGGCGCCUGGAGGCCCUCGCGCGAAGGCUGGGGAACGAGCGUGCGGCCCUGGAGAGGGCGGCGGCGGAAGCGGCGGCGGAAGCACGGGAGUGGCGCGCGGCGGCCGGGCGGCAGGCGUCGGCUGUGCUGUCGUUGGCACAGGUAGGGAAGGGGGGAGGGGGCACGGCGGCCAAAGGGGUGGUGCGGUUGUAGCAAGGGUUUGAUUGUUGGAGCUCGAUGGUAAUUUCACGUAGAAGACAUUUUUUGGGAUGGGGUGUGGGUUGCCUGGCGUUUUGGUGGUGCUUGCUGCUUGAUGCCGAAACCCUAACGUCUCUACCUAACCAGGAUGGACCAUCGGGGAGGAGGGGAGAGGUACGAGCAGCAGAACAUCCCGUAACCCGCAGGCAAAUCCGUUCCGUUUUUGAUUAGCAGCGUUGUACUUGUUCUAUUGCACGCUAUCAAACCGUACCCCCCGUUUCUACGCGCCCACUGGGCCACGAGCUACGAUGCGCCCUCUUUACCCUUCU